UUCUCACAUCCACCAACUUCCUCUGCAAGGUAGGCAUAUGCAUCAACGGUUCUAAUCCCUGCAUUUGUCAUCGAUUUUAGGACGGAAGCUUUUUCCUCAAUAACAUUCCUACAUGAUCUUAAAAGGUGUCGGUCGGCUGGGCUAGCUAAUUCAUGGUUGUGGGAUUCAAUAAAUCUUUUGACAUGCCAGUAACCGUCUUCAUCAGUGACAAACCUCACCAUGGCUGGACAACCAGUUCUGACAACUGGUCUAAUGAAUCUCUUCCUCUUCCCUGAAUUAUGAUCGUCACUUUUUUUGAAACCAGCUUUUGAACAAACAAAGUCCUUCGAUUUUAUCUUCCUAGAAUUUGGCCAAAAACUGUGAUGAUCCUUUCGGACACUAAAGCCAUUAUCGUGAGCAUAAGUGCAAAAACAUUCAUAUGCUUCUGUCUCAUCUUUGUAUACAGCCUGAAAGGGCAAGUAUAGCGCAAGUAAAGGGCAAGUAUAGCGCAAGUAUAGCGCAACUAUAGCGCAACUAUAGCGCAACUAUAGCGCAACUAUAGCGCAACUAUAGCGCAACUAUAGCGCAACUAUAGCGCAACUAUAGCGCAACUAUAGCGCAUUCUUUUAUUUAUCAUCUUCAUCCUAGAAAUCAAUAAUGAAUGCUAAGCAACAACAACAACAUUAGAUUUUUUUAUUUUUUACUUUUUCGACAAAAGAAAUUUAUUCUGCUUAAAAAUCGCAAAAUCAAAAAUCUUAAGAAUAAUGAGCUGAAACCUACGUCAACUUUCUGCUUAAGAAAUUUAUUCUGCUCACAAACAACUUUCUAACUCGUUUUUCCAAGAUACUUACCGAUAUGUUGAAACCAGAGGAAUUUCCGGCUAAGUUAGGUUCCGAUUCCGAUUCAUGCACAUGUUCCGAUUCCGAUUCAUGCACCAGCCCUUCCGAUUCAUGCAUCCUUUCCGAUUCAUGCACUCCCUCUUCCACCUCCCUCUUCACUGAGCAGUCCAUUUCUUCUCUGCAAUUUUCUGGCUCGUUUUUUCUUCUACAGCAGCACAUAUUUGCGUCUUUCGCGGGUCUCAAAAUGAAAAAAUAGGGCGGCAAAAGCUUAAAAGUUCAAAUGAAUAGCGUUAUCGGGUCGGGUCGCUAACUCUGACAAGACAUAAAGCGUUAAUAUUAAAUUAAAAAAACGACUGACAGAUGGCGCAUUUUUAUUGGCGACCGAACGGAGAGAUGGCUUCGGUCACCUGACCCAAUAAUUUGCCUCGAAUGAGAGGGAGGUAGCAGGGAUGCAAUUUCCGCCACCGGCCACCGCUCAAAUCCUCCUCUCCCUCCUACGCUCCGCCGCCAGCUUCCAUCUACCCGCAGUAGCCCGCCACAUCCACGCCCACCUUCUCAAAUCCUGCCUCCUUCAUUCCUCUCCCUUCCCAUCCUCCCUCCUCAAUGCGUACACUAAAUCUGACCUCCAGCUUGACGCUUACAUCUUGUUCGACGAAAUUCCCCACCCGGACAUCUUCCUAUACUCAUCCAUCCUAGCAGCUCAUGCGCGUUACAAUUCCCUUUCCUCCUUCCUCUCCAUCUUCCGCCGGAUGAUCUCCGUCCAUUUUCUCCUCCCCGACGACUUCGUCCUUGCCACUCUCGUCAACGCCUGCGCUCGCUUCCUUUCCCUUCGUCUUGGCCGCCAGGUUCAUGCCUACGUUCUAGUUUCCACUUUCUCCUCCGAUGAUAUUGUGAAAUCCUCGCUUGUCGACAUGUACUCCAAGUGUGGACUUCCAAAUGAUGCUCGCAGGGUCUUUGAUUCCAUCGAGUUGAAGAAUUUUGUUUCCUUAACCACCAUGGUUUCCGGGUACGCUGCUAAUGGGUGCAUUGCUGAAGCUUUGGAGCUUUUCUGGAGAAUGCGUGAAAGAUCGGUUUUUGUUUGGACUGCUCUGAUAUCCGGUUUGGUCCGUAGUGGGAAUGGCUUUGAAGGUCUGAACUUGUUUGUGGAAAUGAGAAGGGAGGGUACUCGCAUUGAUGAUGCUUUUGUGCUUUCUAGUGUUGUCAGCGCUUCAGCUGAUAUGGCAAUGUUGGCCCUCGGUAAGCAGCUUCAUUGCCUUUCUGUAUCUCUUGGUUAUGAGUCAAACAUGAUGCUGGGCAAUGCUUUUGUGGACAUGUAUGCGAAAUGUAGUGAUAUUGCAUCGUCAAGAAUGGCGUUUGAUAAGAUUUUGAAGAUCAAAUGCGUGGUUUCAUGGACUACUAUGAUAGUUGGAGAGGCUCAACAUGGCAGGGCGGAGGAAUCAUUGGAUUUAUUUGCUAGGAUGGUUAGUUCUGGAGUGAAACCAAACGAGAUCACAUUCGUGGGUCUAAUUUAUGCUUGCAGCCAUAUCGGUUUAGUUUGGAAGGGCCGGGAACUGUUUGAUUCAAUGCUGAAGGAUUAUGGGAUUAAGCCUUCAUUAAAGCACUAUACAUGCCUGUUGGAUCUUUUUAGUAGGUCGGGCCAUCUUUCCGAAGCUCAGAGUCUCAUUCAGAUAAUGCCAUAUGAACCUGAUGAAGCUGCUUGGGCUGCUCUUCUGAGUGCUUGCAACAAGCAUGGAGAUAUCCAGCUGGGUGUUCAUGUAGCUGAUAAAUUAUUGAGACUGAAACCACAAGUUUCUUCAACAUACAUAUUGUUGUCUAAUACUUAUGCUAUCGCUGGGAAGUGGGAUAGUGUGGCAAAUGCAAGGAAGUUGAUGGAUGACUUGGAGAUAAAAAAGCAGCCUGGCUAUAGCUGGAUUGAAGUUGGUAGGGAGAGCUGCUUGUUUCAAGCUGGAGUGGUGCCUCUUCAUAUGAGAGAGAAUAUUCUUGCUCUGCUCAAGGAAUUGAUGGAGGAAAUGAAGAAGAGGGGGUAUGUCCCAGAUACUAGCUCAGUCCUGCAUGACUUGGAUGAGGAUGAGAAAGAGCUGCAACUAUUUAUGCAUAGUGAAAGACUUGCAGUUGCAUUUGGGCUUCUCAAGUCAGCUUCUGGGAUGACCAUUCGGGUUUUGAAAAACCUUCGUGUUUGUGGGGAUUGUCAUACUUUCAUGAAGCUCAUCAGCAGUAUUUCAGGGAGGGAGAUUGUAGUUAGAGAUGCCAACAGAUUUCAUCAUUUCGAGUGUGGAAGAUGCUCCUGUGGUGAUUUUUGGUGAUGUGGGAGCUCUAUGAUUGCGGUUGGAGUUUAGUUUCAUCAUCCUGAUGGUGAGAGAUGCCCUUUCAGUAAUUUAGGGUCAUUGGUGCUUUAUUAUUAUGUUGGAGUUCACAACUAUAAUUUGGCACAUUUCGCUUCUAAACCCCCCAUUAUUGCUUGAAAAGUAUAAAGAAGUAUAAUGCUCUAUUUUUCCUCAA